CGUCAAUCCAGCCCAUCACAUCCACCACCACCCGCCGCGCCGGCUCACAGGCACCGGCCGGUCACCACAUUAUCACUACAAUACCUCUACCAUCUCGAUCCUAUCCUCGCCACAACCGCCAAAAUGCAGGGCUUUAACAUGGGCCGGUAUAUACCCCCGGACCAAGAAGGUCUCACCUCCGCCAAUGCCCUACACAAAAAGCACCCCCUGGGUGCCCGCGCCCGCCACCUCAAAACGACUGGCGCCUUGAUCGUCCGUUUCGAAAUGCCUUUCGCGGUAUGGUGCACGACAUGCAAACCCCACGAGACGAUAAUCGGACAAGGGGUACGAUUUAACGCUGAGAAGAAGAAAGUGGGGAAUUACUAUUCAACGCCGAUUUACUCGUUUCGAAUGAAGCAUGCGGUGUGUGGGGGCUGGAUUGAGAUUCGGACCGAUCCGAAGAAUACAGAGUAUGUGGUUGUGGAGGGGGGACGGAGGAGGGAUACAGGUGUUGGGACUGGGGUUGGGGAGGGGGAGAUUGUGUUGAGGGAGGGGCUUGGUGGUGGUGCUCUGGGGAAUGAUGACCCGUUUGCGAAGUUGGAGGGCAAAGUGGAGGAUAAGAAGCGGGGAGAUUCGGAGCGGGAUCGGAUAUUGGAAUUGCAGGAGAGACAGGCGAGGGAUUGGGAGGAUCCGUAUGAGAAGUCGAGGAGGUUGAGGAGGACGUUCCGGGUGGAGAGGAAGGGGUUGGAGAAGAAGGAGGCGGAGAGGGAGGCGUUGAAGGAUAAGUUGAGUCUGGGGAUUGAGGUCGUGGAUGAGAUUGAGAGUGAUCGGGUCCGGGCUGGGUUGGUGGAUUUUGGAGCGGAGGAGGGAGGGUUGAGGAAGGCUAGGAUCAAGCCUUUGUUUGGGAUGGGGGAAUCACAUACUAGGGCUGGUGGGAAGAAGGAUGGGAAGAGGACGAAGGCUGAGGCGUUGCUGGAACAGCGCAAGGCCAUGUUUCGCAGUGAGUUGACGGGGAAUACUCGGGCGGUCGUGGAUCCUUUCUUGAGCAGUGAUGGGAGUGAGUGGCGGCCGGAGGUCAAGAGGAGGAAGCUGGCUCCGGGGAGUAAAUCGGGUGAUGCGAAGGAUGCUGGUGAAUCGUCUGUGAAUGGCUCUGAGGACCAGUCAACCGGGGAAGCGACAGAGACACCACGUCUGACGGCUGGGUUAGUAGACUAUGCGUCGGAUUCGGAGUGAAUGUCUGUUGUGCGGUUUGUGUUUACGAGGCGUUAUUUGAUGAUACGGAUGAUACCCCGGAUUUGGAGUUUUAUGGCAUAAUGCCUGUCAUACUUUUAUGAUUCAUUCAUGAUGGAUGCAACUGAUAUCAUGCAAGGGUAUAUAUACAGAUAGUGCUGCUAAACAUAGCAUCAUUUAGCCC